CAAAAACCAAGUAUGCCUUAUCGUCUCGAGGUAAUUUCCUAUUUCCUUGUUCAUCGUUCUCAAUAAGAUCAUAUAUGAAGGCUAACAGUGGCCGCGCGAAAUGCAAGGGCCCAAAGAAACAAUGUCCUGCCGCUGAUCGAACCAUCAAGCAAGGUGAACUUCGUCUCGGUGUCGAUAUCGAAGCUGCAGGCCAUACAGCUGUCACUUGGAGACAUUGGUCAUGUGUGACUCCCAAGGUCGUUGAAAACAUGAAAGAAUCCAUGAGUGGACCUGAAGAAAUAGAAGGUUGGGAUAGCCUUCGUGAUGAAGAUGUUAAACGCGUGAAGAAGGCCUGGGACUUGGGAGAACUUCCGCAAGAAGAUCAACCAGAACCCGCUGAAGAACAGAAUGAAGCGCCAUCCACUGCUACGAAGAGCAAGAAAAAGCAGACGGAGUCUGCUGAAGAGGAGUCCAAGGAGGAACCCAAAGAAGAGCCCAAGAAGAAAGGAGGAAGAGCAAAGAAAGAAUCAACCACCAAGGAAGCAAAGCAGGCUGAGGAGCCAACAAAACCCAAGGCUUCCCGUAGCACCAAACAGAAGAAGGAGGAGGCGGGUGAUGAGGAGAAACCGCUUCGACGAUCCAAGAGAAAGGCAGUGGUAGCCUCUACUGCCGCUGCAGAAGAGGAAAAACCCAAAAAGAUGGUUCGAAAGGCGGCUCCCAAGAAGACGACCAAGAAAGCUGCUGCCAAUGAAGCAGACUAGCUCCAUUGAUACUCUGCAUUUAUUCGGCGAAAUGUUCAUCUUAAGCCUCUUCCCCCUUCUCUCUCUCAAAACAAAGAACCACAAUCAACAAAGCGAAUCUUAGGAUGACUUAAAAAAGGCAAAAAAUACAGCAAUACUCUAUGCUUCCCUGAACACUAGUCGUUGUAUGUUUGAAACUUGUAUGAAAAUGAGAAAAAUACAAA